AUGACAGGCAGCAGAACUCCUCCGAAGGGGAUUAACCUGGGGCAGCUCGAGGACGAGCCCGCCGAGGGCCCGGUCGGGGUCGCCUGGACGGUCAUUGCCGCUUGCCGCACCGUACGCGGGUUGCGGUUGGUCAGGAGCAGGAUGGACAGGACAAACAUCUCCAGGUCGUUCCGAUCGAUCUCGGCGCCGGAUGCCUGGCGCAAGUUGAGCUUCUGGAUUCCACUUGGUUCCAAUCCAGAACACCUUACACCGCUUAAUGAUAGCUGGCCGGCCAUCGGCUACCGCGAACUUGGCACCCGAGCACCCUCCCGCCAAUCUCUGCUUGCGGCGCUCCAAAGCAUCGAAGGACAGGCUGGCUCUCAGAACACGCCUGGUGAUCACAUAGAGUUCUAG